GGGACACAUCCGUUGUCUAUAAUUUCGAAACCAGAUUAACAUCUUUACUUUAAUAUUAGGACGACCGACAUGGAAAUUAUGCCCCGACAGGUAUUUUGCCUUUUAUCAGUGAUCCUGAUAAGUUCUCGCGCCAUCCACUGCGCCCAAUGCCCGCCCGGCUGGCUGAAAUGGCAGCAAUCGUGUUACAUCUUACUGCCAGACAAGAUGAAUUGGUUUGAGGCAUCGGAGGCUUGCAACCAGCCGGGAAGCAGCCUCUUCGUACCCAACUCGCGGAAAGAAAACGACGUCAUCUGGCAGUCACUUGGGAUACAGACUGGCGGUUUGUGGAUUGGCUGCACGGAUGCAGCCCAAGAGGGUAUCUGGCUUUGCGGAGGUCAACCUAUGACUUUCAGCAGUUGGAAUGGUGGCAAUCCGCACAACGACACCCAGCGCAACUGCGCCCGGAUGACGGUAUACGGUGCCGGGGGCUCUUGGGGCGACGAUGUUCCUUGCGGUAGCAACAACCGCAAAUAUGCAGCCUGCGAGAUGACGGUCUCUGCGGUACCAGCCUACCACACCAUCACCGGUCCUGAUGGGCGUGUCCCCCAACAAUGCCUCCUCCAUCACGACAUCAAGAAUCUGACGGUAGAUGGCGUGCUUGCCUGUGGCUGGGCGUGCCUGGCCGAUCCCCGAUGCCGCUCCUUUAAUCUCUGGCAGAGCAGCAAGAGGGAAAAGAUGUGUCAACUCAAUGACGUCACUCGUCAUGCGGCUGACGGCAACGACUUCAAGGCAACCGAUAACUGUUACUAUUUUGACUUGUAAUAAAUGAUGGAAACUUUGCUUUUGAAACUUUGAGUUGGAAAGUAGAUGCCAAUGCUAUUUUUCAAACACCUCGUCACAAUUUUGGUUGAUAUACUAAAGCUGUUAGUUUGUUCGGUUCGGGCACUGCACAAUUUGACGUUUUAUAAAUAAUGACUGCAACUUCAGUCAUAUCAGUUUCACAUUGCACUUUAUACAUGAUUGUACACCACACCGUCAUGUGACUUCUCACGUGCUUCAAUAUCACAGGCAUUGAGCAUCAUUAGAACUGUUCUGGUCAUCUCCGUGAGCUAACAUGACUACAGAGCUUGUACGGGUACGGAUACAGUGGAACGCCGCUAUACCAAACACCGCUAUACCGAACAAUCGGCUUUACCAAACAUCCCUGACUUCCGGUUUUGAUGUACAAAACGUUCCGACCAUUGUUGUUGAAAAAAAGUCAACAGGUUAACAAAAAUCUACCGGAUGUAUUAAAUGCUAUGUGGGUCACUUUUAGUUCCCGAACAUCAAACGACCCAUAAUUACAUUAUGUUUGAAUGUUGAAGA